AUGGGUGUGGAUCUCAAAAUUACUGUAGACAAUAUAGUUAUGGAUAUGGAUAUAGGAUGCAACAAGCAGAAGCUACUGAAGAAGCAGGAUGACACUGAAGCCCAGAUUAAGGCUUAUUGUGAAAUCCUGUGAGAUCAAAAAAGUGCUGGGAUGUAUGCUGAAGGUUGUCUCCAUCAGCAUCUACAAAAUGUGGAUAUCUGCCAGGUCCAGAAAGUGAGCCAUAACAUCAUCUGUUCGAAUGAUCACAGUGCCUUAAUAUACCAAGGUCAUCCAAGAAAAGAACUAGGCUUUGCUUCUGCCAUUGGUCCAAGUGAUUCUGCUAUUCUGCCUGGAUCUCCAGCAAGCUUUUUGGCUUUGUAAGAGGGUGAUAAGAUAAUUGAGUUUGGCUCUGUCCAUAGCCACAGCAUCCAGACCCUACAGAACACUUCCACUGCUGUGCAUCACAGCAAGGACAAACCAUUAAGCAUGACAACUCUGCAGAGAAGGAAAAAAUCCCUCCUGGGCACUCCAAAAUGCUGGAAUGAAAAAGGACUUCUGGGUUAG